AUGUCUCGAUUAUUACUACUAGCCCUUGUGGCAUUGGUGGCAGCAGAAGAAUUCGAAUUUGAUGAGCCUACGGACUGCGGAACCGCUGCCAGUAACUGGAAGCCAUGCAUUGAGCGCAAAUUGGCUGAUCAGGUGUUCAGCACCUGUUGCGAGCGAUUCGUACCGCCGGAGUGCCGCGGAACCUGCAUGUACGAGACGAAUGCCAUUGAGGCUCGCGUGAUCUUGAUGCAUUCUAUCCAGCCUGCUCGCUGCCGCCUUUACAAGUACCUGCCGGCCGUUGUUCACUGCGCUGCCCAGACGCACGAUAACUCCGAGUGCUGCCGCGCCAAGGGAAUCCACACUCUCGGCGAGCAGUGCAUGAUGCUCUGCACCCUCAGGUCAGCU